CAAAUGUUUCGGUGCAGAUUGUAAUGCUUUCCCUUACCUUCAUUUUCGCAAUAGUCCACAGUGGUCUUGCUAGUCUUAGAGACAAAGGUGAGGAACUCAUUGGGGAGCGUGUUUUUCGUGUAUUGUUUGCUGGGAUUUCUUUGCCAUUGGCAGUCAGCACAACUGUGUAUUUCAUUAACCAUCGAUAUGAUGGAGUGCAGUUAUGGGAAUUAAAAAGCAUUGCUGGGAUUCAUGAACUAGUUUGGUUUUCCAACUUUAUUUCCUUCUUCUUCCUAUACCCGUCGACAUUCAAUUUACUGGAAGUAGCGGCUGUUGACAAGCCCAAGAUGCAUCUUUGGGAAACUGGGAUUAUGAGGAUUACCAGGCAUCCACAGAUGGUUGGGCAGGUGAUAUGGUGCUUAGCUCACACGCUAUGGAUCGGGAAUUCAGUUGCAGUGGCGGCGUCAGAGGAUUAAUCGGACAUCAUCUGUUUGGUGCCUGGAACGGGGACUGAAGGUUAGCAAUACGAUAUGGUGAGGCUUUUGAAGUCGUGAAGAAGAGAACGAGUGUCAUUCCAUUUGCAGCUAUUCUUGAUGGACGCCAAAAGUUGCCCGAAGAUUAUUACAAGGAAUUUACCAGAUUGCCAUAUGUAUCGAUAACAGCAUUGACAUUAGGUGCUUACUUUCUCCACCCCAUUAUGCAAGCUGCCAGUUAUCGGCUACACUGGUAGCCCUGCUGUGUCACAAAACUCUCUUCAAUACAAGAAAUCGCUAGUCCGAGUUGUAUAUUUUCCAAGAUAUAUAAGGUCACUGUUGUAGAAACUAUUAAACUCUCUAUGGUGAGGGAGUAGGAAAGCAAAGAAAGAAGAGAAAUAUAAAGGAUUCAGUUUA